AUGUUUAAAAUAAUAAUAUUUUUGAGUGUUAUAGCUUUAGCACAUUCUAGCAGUGUUUUUGUUGGUCAAACUUUUGAUCACACUGGAAUAAUAAGGAAAGUGUACGAGAAAAUUGUUGAAUCUGUAGCCAUCCCGUUACUCAGGAGGGAAGAGGAAGUGUAUUUCGAGUAUCCAUCAGGAGAUCAAAAGAUAAAAGGCAUUGCCAUUAAGGAUUUACACGAGAGUGGGGCGAAGGCGUCUAUCACCCGCGGCGGAUUGGGCUUCGGUUUCGUCAACAUUAAGUGGCUACUUACUAUUGUAGUUGGGCCCAAUGUGAAAGUGUUUUCGCAUAAAAUUCGGAUCCCAUUGUUCGAUCUUUCCGGGCAUACGCUGGGAAAAACGCUAAUAAGUGCAACUUGCGUAAGGAGUCUUCUCAUUUUAGUGAUAUGUGCAUUAUUUUACCGAAAAGGAGCAACUGAAUUUUGUGUUUGCAUGGAAGCCACAGCAACUACGAUGAAUUUGCCAACAUUGGAGAAUAUAUUCUCCUCAGACGAGGGCGGCGGCAGCUCAGACUCCUCAGACAGCAGCGAGGACGAGGUAACUGAGCACGUGACCCACUCCACACCACCACCAGACAUGGCCGCCGCCAGGGCACAAGUACCGACAAUAUCGGUGACGCCGCACAGUCCCGGGCUUCUGGAAGACAGUUUACAGCAACUGCGUCGGCUACAUGCAGCUGUUCAGCGCAUGAGAACUGCGCCGUUACCUUUACUGGCAACCGGCACUAGUCGUUUAAGUACAUCAUGCCCGUCACUCUGCAAAGACGGCGUGGCAGAACCAGACUGCUCAUCACCGACACAUCUUGACUUCUACCCACAGAGCCGUAAAGGCAGCGGUGAAUCGAGGCAAUGGGGAUUAUGGGAGCGUCGCGACGAAGGCCGUCGAAGCAGUUGGGCCGCACUCGAACCUGGCCCAAGACUCCACGACUCGCACAGGCAACGCAGUACAUUAAACGGUCACAGUGCGUCGUUGUCAUCAAUGGAGUCAGAAGGCGAGGUGCCGCGGCCCGUACGACACUCCACUCAUUCGCUCAAUGACAAUGAUCUGGCUAAAGACUUCGAGAAGGUGACGGCCGCACUACGCGCGGGCGGCGCGAGCGCGUGCCUGGGCGGGCCGGGCGCCGGCGCCAGCGUCACGGACCUGGGCCGCCUCGUGCCGCGCCUGCCGCUGCAGAAGUCCGUGUCCACGCCCAGCAUCGUGGCCGCCGUGCAGCCGCACCUGCAGCAGCCACAGCCCAACGUCGCGGCGGGCCACAGCGACAGCGAGAGCGACGAACCGUCCGCGGCGACGGUUGGGGCCACGCAACCGACGAGGCGCAACAACACACAUCAGGACCACCUUGGACUGCACAGACUCGCGUUUUUGGAACAAGCUGCGUUUGAUCAUCAUGCUGAGAAGAGGCGGAAACGGGGCAGUUUAUUCUUCAGGAAAAAGAAGGACAAGUCUCGUAAGGCGGCUCACGCGUGGUCCGCGGCGGGCAGCGGCGGGGACUGCGACUGGUGCAACCGCGCGCUCGCUGACAAACCUUCGCUCUAUUGCGAUAAUUGUACAAUGACGGUGCAUCAAAAUGUAUGCAAAGACUACAUAGUCGAAUGCAACAAGCCAAAAUCUUCUAAGACUUCAGUCGGCAAGUCAUUGAGUGCCAGCAGCGGUAAGAACAGCAAACGCAGCUCAGUGUCGUCCGCAUCACAAAACCCCAAUAGCACGGGCCAUAUUUACGACGACAAGGACGGCUCGGACCACAAACAUGACCAAAGCAAUGCAUCAGACGACGCAGGCGUAUCAGAAUGGCCCGAAGUGUACCUGACACCGGAUCAACUUGGAGACGAGGCAAUCCAGCUCGGCCUGGGCGCUACUGAACCCGACACGUGGGCCGCUGGUGCGCCUAAAGGACUCGCCAAACAACUUGGUGAUAGAGAAACAAAAAGACAAGAACACAUAUACGAGCUAAUAUUGACCGAGAAACAUCAUUGUUUAACGAUAAGGCUAAUGCAAAAGAUGUUCGCGUGCGGCAUGGUGCGCGGCGCGGGCGUGUCGGCGGCGCAGGUGGCGCGCAUGUUCCCGCGCGUCGACGAGCUGUGGGCGCUGCACGCCGCGCUGCUGGCCCGCCUGCGCGCCCGCCAGCGCGCCGCGCCCCGCGUGCACACCAUCGCCGACAUCCUCGCCGACACCUUCGCGCCGCCCGCGCACCACAAGCUCAAGGCCGCCUACGGUACGUACUGUGCACACCAUCGCCGACAUCCUCGCCGACACCUUCGCGCCGCCCGCGCACCACAAGCUCAAGGCCGCCUACGGUACGUACUGUGCACACCAUCGCCGACAUCCUCGCCGACACCUUCGCGCCGCCCGCGCACCACAAGCUCAAGGCCGCCUACGGUACGUACUGUGCACACCGUCGCCGACAUCCUCGCCGACACCUUCGCGCCGCCCGCGCACCACAAGCUCAAGGCCGCCUACGGUGAAUUUUGUUCCCGCCACCGAGAUGCUGUAGAAGUAUUCAAAGAGUGUUGUGCGAGAGAAGCCCGCCUAUCCAGAUUUAUAAGAAAGUGCCAACAGAAUCCGUUACUCAGGAAAAAAGGUGUACCAGAAUGCGUGUUAUUCGUGGCACAAAGGUUGACAAAGUACCCGCUACUGCUAGAGCCGCUGCUGAAGACGGCUGGCGAUGACGUCAGCGAGAGGGAGCUAUUACAAAAAGCGCUUUGUGGUGUCAAGGAAAUUUUAGUAGACGUGGACAACCAAGUGGCUGCAAAGGAACGUGAGGAUCGCAAGUUAGAGAUAUAUCACCGGAUCGAUGCCAAGUCAUUUGCCAAUUUCAGAGGCAGAAAGUUCAAGAAGAGUGAUAUAUUACAGGGAAAUAGAAGUCUCAAGUUCGAGGGAGUAGCCACACUAAUGCAAGGCCGCAGCAAGAUGCAAACGUUGCUCGUUAUAGUGUUGACGGAUGUGCUCUUCUUUCUUCACGACAACAACAACAAAUAUACUUUCUUUACACCUGACAAUAAGACUGGAGUCGUAUCUCUAGUGAAAUUACUAGUCCGAGAAAAAGCAGGUGCGGAAGGGCGUGGCCUUUACUUAAUAUGCAGUGGGCCCACUGAGCCCGAGAUGUUUGAGCUAAGGGUACAUCGACCCAAGGACAUACACACUUGGAUACAAGCUAUAAGAGCGGCAGUACAAAACUGUCCGGAAGAGGUGGAGGAGUCAGAAGCGGGAACAACAGCACAGUCCGCUGAAGAGCGGCAACGGCAGCUCGAUGCCAGACAUGAGAAUAUAAGACUGAUUACAGAAGCACUGAGGGUGAAGGAUAGGGAGCACGCGACGUUGCUCGAAGAGAAGAUGGCCUUACAAAUGAAGAUGGUCGGCAUUACUGACGAAACUUGGAUCACUGUACCUAAUGCAGGAUCUGGUACUGCAUUCCCUGGACUGGUGUUUCCAGACUACGUACGUCUUGCGGCGCCCUCACCUGACAAGUAUGCUUUAUGGCAAGAAGUGUGCAAAGUUGUUAAGGAGGCGCUGGAGGCGAGCAGCGCGCCGUGGAGCGCGGGCGGCGCGCUGGGGCGCAGCACGAGCUCGGCGGGCGAGCGCCACUCCGCCGCCUACGAGAGCCCCGCGCUGCCGCGCCGCGCCGACACCUUCGCCGGCUUCGACGCCACCAGGCACCGCGGCGUGACCCUCCGUUUAUCAACGGAUACGCCCACAGAAGGGACGGAGAACGACUCGGCCGAGACCAAGCCGGUCGUCGAGGGCGAACGACACGAGAUUACAGGAGACACAGCCUUGAAACUGCAACAUGCUAUAUACACGCUCACGUGUAUUGUAUGGCAGCAGAUGACUACUAUACACAGCCUGGAGGCGCAGGUGAGCGCGUGGCGCAUGGCGGGCGGGUGCGCGCGCACGCCCGACUGGUCGGACGCGCAGCUGGAGGAGCUGCGCCACGCGCAGGCGCGCCUCACGCGCGACCGCGCCGCCUUCGACGCGCAGCGCGCCGCCGACCACGCGCAGCUCGCGCACGAAAGACAGCAAUUACAGGCGGCCAGACAAGAGUUAGCAGAACAGCAGAAAGACGUAGAACAGCAAAGAGAGAAAUUAUUCAGGCGGCUAGAAAGACUGCAGCAGCAUGGUGGUUCGCAGGAAGAAAUAGCAAGUGUGGGAACUCUGUCACCCGACUCCAGUGUUAGCGAUACUACGCGGCGGAAAGAACCAAAAUGGCGAAAUAACCGCGGCUCGACGGGCUCGGAGUCGUCGGUGAGCGCGUGCAGCGUGCGCAGCGGCGUGCUGCCGCCGCCGCAGCUGCUCUCCGCGCAGAACGAGACUCGCGCCACCGUGCACGCCUCCAACAUCUCGCAAAUGGUUAAACAGCAGCUACCUCUUAAAUUAGCCAGUGGCAAAAGUCAACAACCACCGCCAGGAUACCACCGACUACACGAAUCACCAAGUGAGCAUCAAACGCAUGGCUUAGUGAUACAUCACACACGAACAGGGAGCUCGCCCGCCCCCCUGCCUUCACAACAACAGACAAACAACAAAGCUACUAGAACAAACACGUACCCCAAGCUACCCGACAAGUUCCGCGUGCGCUCCCCGGAGACUGGGGUCGUGGGGGUGGCGGGUGUCACGCCGGCCCCCUCAACCCCCGCGCCACCCCCGGAGGAGGAGGUGAUCUUCUUCUGA